AUGGACGCUGCCUGGAGUCGCCGCACGUAUCACCGUGCGCCACGGCCCAAUGUCCUCGAGCCCCGCAUCGUCGACCGCAUUCUCCAGUUUGUCGCGAGCCCCGUCCUGCUCUUUGACGUGGCGAGCCUCCUUCCACGCGGCUGCCUCAGCAGCGGCCUUGACGCGCUCCUCGAGCUCUCCAACGCACAGCCCGAUACGCAUCUCUGGCCCGUGCUGCGGCUAAGUGCGAACGCCUAUGAGCCCGCUCUACGGCCGGCACUGCGCGACGCGCUUUUCUUUGUCGGUCAGUGUUCGAUCGAUGCGAGCGCCAACCCCGAGCAAUGGGCGGACGUGCUUUGGCCCAGCACACAGCUCCACAUUGCCAACAUCAAGACGCCAUUGCCGCCAACGCUGGCCUUUUUGACCAAGCACAAGCAGCAACUUCAAAGCGUCGAGGUGCAUGACGUCGAGGCGCGCGGCCAGCAAUCAAGCGUCGUGAGUCUUCUCAAGUCGAGCGACAGCUUGCGUCGCGUCUCCAUCUACUGGUACGGCAAUGCGAAGCAACUCAACGCGUUUUGCAAGGCAGUCCUCGACAACGCCGGCGUCGUGGACGUGCGCCUCAUCAACGGGGAGACCCCUGCGAUCGAGCUGGACGACUCGUUCGCUGACGUUUGUGACGACAUUCCACUGCCAACGCCUGCGACCAACUCGCUUUUUUCAAUGAUCAGAAAGAGUCGGCUCCGUGCGCUUGCGCUCAACGGCCUCACCUUUGACGAGACAAAGCAUAAAGCGUUUCAGAAACUCAUGAUGUCGAAUCACGGGCUCGAGUCCCUCGAGCUCGUCCGGUGCCACGACAUUGUACCGUCGAGCUUUCACACGUUUUUGUUCUCGCAGACGCUGCGCGUGCUACGCGUUACCAGCGCCAGUCUCAUGAGAGAAGAUUGCUUUAGCGCCGCGCAGGGUUCCAACGUGCACACGCUCGACCUCUCGGAGCAGAACAUGGACGAGUAUGGCAUGCUUCGCCCAACUCUUCAUGGCGUAGCCCGAAUGAAACAUCUCCAACGACUGCGUCUCAGUCGAGUCGGUCUGCACGACGAAGCCAUUGGCUGGGUGGUCCGCGCGCUGCUGCCAACGCGCGUCCGAGAGCUCGAUCUCAGCGGUAACGAGAUCGCACGCGCCGACAUCAAGUACUUUGCGCGGACACUGCCGCAGUGGCGGGCCCUCGAAGUCUUAAACCUCUCGGGCAACCCAAUCUGCGACGACGGCGCGAGUCAGCUUUUUGCGGCACUGCCAUACGCACUGCCGGCUUUUCAGCGCUUGCAAUUGUUUGAGAAUUUCCUCGGCGACCGCGCCGUCAUGGCGCUGGCGUCAGCGCUGCCGUAUCUCCAGCACAUGGCUGAGAUCGACGUCUCAUACUGCGGGCUCCGCAUCGACCACGUCAAGGCACUCAUCGUCGCCUUGUCCCGCGCGCGGCGCCGGGUCCGUCUGAACGUGUUCAAUUCUCGCUGGUCCGACGACGAAAUUGCACAAGUGUGUGCGAUGGCUCGAAGCGCGCGCCUCAUGGCGACGUACCGAACCCACGCGAAUGUUCCGUCGUCGAGACAAAAGCAUCGUUCCAAGAAACACGAAACGUAUGCGCGCCUGGACAUCUUUUAGACAACUGGAGACAAAUGGACUAUGAAACGAAUAUAUUGAGCUGCAUGUGGUC